GCAACGCGGCGGUGUAUUAACAUGGCGUCAAUGGUGGCUGUUUUGACCAGGGCCGAGAGAUUCGAGAAAUAUCAUGUAGAACAGAACUAUGGAGACAGAUAAACCAUAGUACUGCAUCAGAUUCAGAUCUGGGAGGAGUUUAGGUGGCCAACCUCCCUGAUCAUCCUCAGCGUUGUGUUGACUCUACCAGGGACACAAGCAGAAGAACAGGAAGUAUGGAUGAGUCCAAAAGUCCAGUAAAAUCAGGCAAACACUCUCAGCCCAGAGGAGCCAAAGCUUCGUCCAGUGAGAAGUCAAACAGCGAGGCUCCAGCACAGAGAGAGGGCACCAGGUCUGCAACCCGAAGACAGGAAAAUGUCACUGCUGCAAAGGAUGAACACAACAUAGGCACCCAGGUUGGUCGUGGAUCAGGCAAGACUUUCUCUGAUACACCCCAGGACAAGAGGAGAGGCCGGCCCUCCAGGCUGAUUCGACUGACCGGAAGGACAAGUUCUGGGGAAAGAGGCAAGGGAAAAGUGGCCAGCCUGCAACAGCAACUCGUGGCACAGGCAGUGGACUCCAGGGCAUCAGUGUCUGCAGACAGUAGCCCCUCAGCAAACAGAGAGAUCAGUUCUCCUGCAGCGCUGGGCACACCUGAGAAAGCCCUCGCAGAAAAGGCCAAGAGUGUCACUGCAGUGCCAGCAAAGGAGAAGUCUCAAGGGGUGAAAGCUGCUGCACUGAUGCAUCAGCCUGUUGAAGAGGGCAAAGACAGGAGGCCAAGUGUGGAGGAGGGUCCCCUGACAGAGCAACAGCUGGGCCUCCGUCAAGCAGAGGAGCGCCUCUAUAGAGACUACAUCCACCGACUGUUAAAACAGUCUCCAGAGUACCCAAACUAUCAGUACUUAUGCAAGCUCUGCUCUGUGCACAUUGAGAACAUUCAAGGAGCACACAAACACAUCAAGGAAAAGAGACACAAGAAGAACAUAAUGGAAAAACAGGAAGAGAAUGAGCUGCGUGCCCUGCCACCUCCCUCUGCUGCCCAACUGAAGGCAGUGGACAUGGCCGUGCUGGAAACAGCCAAGGAGCAUGGGAUCUCAGAGGAGGACUUCGAGGUUCGCAAGGCCGUGGUCAUCAGGAUGGAAGAGAUCAUAAAGAGGCACCUCUCAGCUUGUUCUCUGCGUCUCUACGGUUCAUGUCUUACCCGAUUUGCCUUCAAGGCGAGUGAUAUCAACAUCGAUGUCACCCACCCUUCCUCAAUGACACAACCCGAGGUCUUGAUUCAAGUGCUGGAAAUUCUUAAAAACAGCUCUGAAUUUUCGGAGGUUGAGUCAGAUUUUCAUGCCAAAGUUCCUGCUGUGUUCUGUCGGGAUGUCAGCAGUGGUCUGAUGUGCAAAGUAAGUGCAGGCAAUGAUGUUGCUUGUCUCACCACCAAUCACCUGGCAGCCCUAGCUAAACUCGAGCCCAGAUUGGUUCCCCUGGUGCUGGCCUUCCGCUACUGGGCAAGGUUGUGUCACAUUGACUGCCAGGCUGAAGGUGGCAUCCCCUCCUACUCCUUCGCCCUCAUGGUCAUCUUUUUCCUGCAGCAGAGGAAAGAUCCCAUCCUCCCUGUCUACCUGGGCCACUGGAUCGAAGGCUUUGACGUGAAACGUGUGGACGAGUAUCACCUCACUGGAAUCUCACUGGACAUGUUCGUCCGAUGGGAGCGCAGACCUCAGAGCUCCACGGAUGGACGAGGGGAGAAUCGUAACGAGACUAGAGGAGAAGGAAGACCAAAACAAGAGCAGAAAAAAGUUGAUGACUCUCACUACUCAGAAGGACUGUCUCGGCUAACCUUGGACCUGGGGAAAGGCGUGUCACUGGGCCAGUUGUGGUUGGAGCUGUUACGUUUUUACACUCUGGAGUUUGCUCUUGAAGAACACAUCAUCAGCAUCCGUUUAAAGGAGCUUCUCUCCAGGGAGGUGAAGAACUGGCCUCGUCGCAGGCUUGCUAUUGAAGAUCCUUUUGCCUUGAAGAGGAAUGUCGCACGCAGCUUAAACAGCCAAAUGGUGUUUGAGUACAUCCAGGAGCGCUUCCGCUCAGCUUAUAAAUACUUUGCUUGCCCUCAGAGCCUGGGUGCUGCUGGGCGCCAUAGAGGCAAGAAGUCAAUAAAAAAAGGUGCAAAAUUUGAAGGGGUUGAGAGAACGGAGGCUGGUUUACUGAGCAAGAAUGAGGACGAGGGGAAAAGUGACAAAGGUCAGAGCGCCCAGAGGGGGCAUCGGGGUCUAAAAGAGGACGAAGAAGCUGACAGUGAGGAUGAAGAUGGUUCAGAUCCGUCCAGGAAGGAGGAAGAGAAGACUUUGGAUGCGAGUUUGAUGGACAUGGUUCUCAACGAGGGGAACAAACCUUCCCUCUCCCCCAAUGGCCUGCUGGACAGUGACAAAGAGGGGGAGGAGGAGGAGGAGGACGAUGAUGACGGCGACGAAGAAAGCAGUGUUUUAGAAACAGAUGGACCUGUUGCAUCUGAGAAUCUGCACUAUGUGUUUGAUAAGAUGAUUUUCACUGGCGGAAAGCCUCCGACUGUCGUGUGCAGCAUCUGCAAACGGGACGGUCACCUGAAGGACGAGUGCCCUGAGGACUUUAAGAAGAUUGAGCUGAAACCUCUGCCCCCCAUGAACGAUCGCUUUAGAGAUAUUCUUGAUGGCCUCUGCAAACUUUGCUACUAUGAAUUGUCACCUUCACAUGCAGAGCAGCAGAAGAGGGAGCAGAUCCUCGCCAGCCUAGAGAGGUUCAUAAGGAAAGAGUACAACGAUAAAGCGCAGCUCUGCUUGUUUGGCUCUUCCAAGAAUGGCUUUGGUUUCCGUGACAGUGACCUGGACAUCUGCAUGACUCUGGAGGGUCACGAGACUGCAGAGAAACUGAACUGUAAGGAGAUCAUUGAAGGCCUUGCAAAAGUUCUGAAGAAGCAUACAGGUUUAAGAAAUAUCUUGCCUAUCACAACAGCUAAAGUGCCUAUUGUGAAGUUUGAGCACAGACAGAGUGGUUUGGAGGGAGAUAUAAGCCUUUACAACACACUGGCUCAACACAACACCAGAAUGCUCGCUACUUAUGCAGCUCUGGAUCCACGGGUGCAGUUCCUGGGAUACACAAUGAAGGUCUUUGCAAAGCGCUGCGACAUAGGGGACGCAUCCAGAGGGAGCCUCUCUUCUUAUGCAUACAUACUGAUGGUGCUUUACUUCCUGCAGCAGAGGCAGCCACCGGUGAUUCCGGUUCUGCAGGAGAUCUUUGAUGGGAAGACUGUUCCCCAGCGGAUGGUAGACGGAUGGAACGCUUUCUUUUUUGAUGAUCUUGAAGAUUUGCGUCGUCUCCUCUCUGACCUGCCACCAAACACGGAGUCAGUGGGAGAGCUGUGGUUGGGACUCCUACGCUUUUACACGGAGGAAUUUGACUUCAAAGAGCACGUCAUCAGCAUCCGCCAAAAGAAACGCCUCACCACCUUUGAGAAACAGUGGACCAGCAAAUGCAUCGCUAUCGAAGAUCCAUUCGAUUUGAAUCAUAAUCUUGGUGCUGGAGUUUCACGCAAAAUGACAAACUUCAUCAUGAAGGCUUUUAUAAAUGGGAGGAAGUUGUUUGGAACUCCAUUCUACCCCGUCCCCGGCACUGAAGUGGACUACUUCUUUGACUCGAAGGUUUUGACAGAUGGCGAGUUGGCGCCAAACGACAGAUGCUGCAGGAUCUGUGGGAAGAUCGGACAUUACAUGAAGGACUGCCCAAAGAGACGCAGGAUAAAGAAGAAGGAAAAUGACAAAGACGAGGACAUUAAAGAGGAGGAGCGGGAGCCGAAGGAUAGGCGCUGUUUUCAGUGUGGAGACAUGGGCCACGUACGGAGAGACUGUCCUGAGUACCGCCACCUCAAACAGAGAAACGCUGGAGCACCAGCUCCUCACAUGGUACGACCUAUUGGGAGCUCCCAGUCUAUUUCCAUUCCACAGGCAGCGGACGGUCCAGGAAGGACCAGGCAGCCCUCCGAAUGUUCCGAUAGCCGACAGACUCCACCGUACUCUCCGCAGCCAUCCACUGUCUCCCAAAGUUCUUCCCAGUCCUCGAGCUCCCCUCAGCCCUCCCACACCAAGACCAUCUCUGCAGGCCCUGUGAAGCAGCCCACUCAUCCCCAGGUGCCGUUGUCCCUCUUCAGCUUCCCCACCUCCCACCCGAGCCAGUACCAUCAGGGGGCGCUAACCGCACUGGGGCUUCUUCCCUCCCACCAGCACCAGUCACACCACUCCCAGGGGCAGCCUCAUCACCCAGUCCACAUCCCCUCCACCUCCUGGCCAAUCCACGGACCUGUCCUCACCACAUCCUCACCUACCACCCCCUCCCCGCCCGGCCUAAAGUUCGCUCUGCGCACCGCUUCGGGGAACGGAAGUCCAACGGGCUCUGGGGGCAGCCCCAGCCCCAUGAACCUGAACGACCCCAGCAUCAUCUUCGCCCAGCCAGCGGGGAGGCAGCUGGGUGGUGGCGGGACGGGACGGGAAGGACACUGGCACAACCACUUGGCACAACCUGGGUCACUCAUGGGAAAUGGCACUGUGGUCAAGUCAGACUCAGGUCAUCCCACUCAGUUUGUUAAUGUCAGCCAAGGCUCCCGGCUAUGGGAUCAUAGUAAGGCCCCUCAGUACGCCCUCUCUCCAUCCUGGCCCUACAGAAUGCCCCAGAACUUUAUCCAGCAGGGCAAUGGAGGUUACCAGCCCGGCAAACCCUUCAUGACCCAGGGUUCUGUGGCACAUCAAAACCCCAACUUCCCCUUGGUCCCCCACGUCCGACAUCAAGUAAAUCUGAAUUUUAUCCAACAAAAGAAGUGAACUCUCGUCUCCUUUUAAUUAGAUCUAUGGUCAGUAACAUUACAAAGCAAAUUUAUUUACUCUCUGCAUCAUUUGAUCACGAGGAUUUUUAAAAUGAAUUUUAUCAUUUUUGUACAGUUUUUAUGUUUUGUUUCAUUACAUUGAUUUGUGAUACAAAUGUCAAAUAUUUUAAUACCCCCGUUUUUGAGGGGGUCCAAAAAAGUGUUUUUAUUUUAUGUGUAAAGUAAGCAAGGAAAAAUGUAAACCUUUAUUUUUAUUAGCUGUAUUCAUACUUUGCUUGCCACAAGAUGAAGGCUUUGAAUAGACGUUUGUUUUAAAAACAAUCUAACAUGUCACCCUCAGUAUGUAGUGCCAAAAGCAGGGAUAGCAAGAAAAAGGGAAAAAAAUCUUCAAUAUAAAAAAAGUUACAAAAAAAAUUAAAGAAAAAAAC